UUUCCAGAUUUCGUGGAAAAAUCCGGUGCAAAAUUCAUUGGGAGGUUUAUCGUUUGCCGCAGCACCCAUCGACUUCGACGACUCUCACCCGACCACCGAGUGUACGAGACAUCGCCAUCUCCAAAGUACGUAACUACGGCCCCUCAUAUUUUUGCCCGGUCAAUUUCGAGUCAGCCGUCCCGUCAGCUCUCGAGACACGGUUGGGCUUCGCGAAACCCCUCCUUUGCUAACAAGCUGUUCAGAAUGUCGUCCAAGAAGCCCACCGGUAAGACCCAGCGUUCGGCCAUCGCCGACGUUGUCGCCCGCGAGUACACCAUCCACAUGCACAAGCGCAUGCACGGUGUCACUUUCAAGAAGAGGGCUCCUCGCGCCAUCAAGGAGAUCAAGGAGUUCGCUUACAAGGCGAUGGGUACCACCGAUGUCCGCAUCGACCCCCAGCUCAACAAGAAGGUCUGGGAGCAGGGUGUCAAGGGCGUUGCCUACCGUCUCCGCGUCCGCAUCUCCCGCCGCCGUAACGACGAGGAGGGCGCCAAGGAGAAGCUCUACAGCUACGUCCAGGCCGUCAACGUGAAGAACCCCAAGGGUCUCCACACCGUUGUCGUUGAGGAGUAAAUUUGGGUGUUCUGGCAAAACGAAUUUUUGGCACGAAGGGACCGCGGUUCAGGUUCAGGGCGGCAUUGGGCUUCCGGAGUUUUCGCAUGGCAUCUAGCUUCGCAUUACGAAUAAAGGGUUCGUAAAAUGGAACACGGG